AUGAAUAAUGAAGGUGUAGUUAUGGGAAGUAGUGUAUCAACUGUAACAAUGAGAUCUGCAAAACAAUCUCUUGGUGAUUAUGGGAAAGUCUUGUCAACACCUUUACAUUCAACAUCAACAUUGAUUCGGUAUUUACGUGAUGUUCAUGAAGUGGAUGAGUUCAAAGAAAAGGAAAAGCUGGUAUAUCGUUCAAAACAGAAGUGCAUACCAAUGAAAUUGAAAAAGGACUUGGAUCGUGCUGCUGUAAGAGCAAUAAUUGAAGACGGACGUAGUUUUGGUGAUUCUUCCAAAUAUGGUGUUCAGAAAUUUAUUCAGUUAGCUUUAUCAGGUUACAAGCCUCCAUAUCGCCAUUCAAUUAGUACUGAAUUAAAACGUGUUCAUACAAAACAUUUUUUUUAUUAUGAUGAACUCAUUGUCUAA